UAAAUUUAUCACGGUUGACUCGUUUUCAACGAAUCGGUGACAUUUUUUUAUUUGACAUAUUUGUUCAAUAAAUAAUUGAAUUAGAUCAAUUUCGCUAGCUAAUAACUGGUUGAUGUAUUUUUAAAAUUAUUACUAUCAUAGUAAACAAAAAAUAUAUUUCUUUUGUAUAUAAAAAUGUCGGAUAGAGAAAACGAAGUUUUAAACUUUUAUAAGGAAUGGAAAAAUGAAGUUUUAGAAGAUCUGAGGGAUGAAUUAGUUAAGGAUCUUUUUCCGCAUAAGCAUUUCUCUUUUUUACGAGUUCAGAAAAUAUUCGACGAAGAAGACGAAGAGGAGAUAAAGUACGAAAAGACUAGAAAACAACAAGCUGAAUGCUUUAUAAAUAAAAUAUCUAAAAAAGGACCUGCUGCAUUUGAUAAUUUUUGCGAGUCUUUGCUAAAUACUGCAGGAUCUCAGCAUCUUUUAGAGAAGCUACUGGAAGCCUUUGAGAAAAAAACACAACAGAUAAACGAACAGGGUCAUAUAAGAAACUCAUUUUAUAGAUAUAAAAUAGAUUAUAUUCCAGAGCCAGGACAAAUUGGUGGCCCACCUUUACCAAACGAGACAAAUCUUGAACCACCACCACCGUAUUAUGAAUAAUAGUAUUGUAUACAAUUUCUAUAAUUUCAUAAAUGAAUAUGAUUAAAAGUAAAUAUAGAAA